AGAAAAUGGAAUACCAAAAUAGUAAUCAAUAGGUAAUCUGCCAAAUUAAAAUUAUUUAUGUCAUCUAAGUAGCACUGUGAGUCUAAGAGACUAUAAAUGGUCUAGUCAGUCUUCUUUAUCUGGGGUUUUUAUGUUGGGGGACUUAAAUAGUAAAAAGCUUAAAAAAUUUAUCUGUACUACACAUGUGCAGACUUUUCUUGUUAAUUCCCUAGCAAUAUGACAGUUUUUUAUAUGGCUUUUGAAUUACAUGGGUAUAUAAUCUAGAGAUUAUAUGCAAAUGCUGGGAUAAUGUAUGUGAAGGACUUAGCCAGUUGCAGAUUUUGAUAUCUGUUGGGGUGACUUGAAACCAACUUAGAGCAGAGACUGAGGGUAUUAUUGCUAAAGAAGAUCAGUUCACAAGAAUAUAACUGGAGUAGAUCAGACUGGGUAAAUAUACACUAGACAGUGAGAAUUAACUGAGCUUCCUAGAAAGCAGCUAUGUGAACAUUAAGACUCCUAGGAAUUAAAAACUCUUCACAGUGACAUAAACUAGAUAUACCAGAUGAUUUGUGGGUGGAACAAAUUUUUUUAAAAUAAUUUUAAAGCUUAUUACUAAAGAAAUUUUAAGAUUUUUCUUUUGUAUAAAAACCAGGUAAGACCUUCAAACUAUUAUAGAAUGUUGCAUGUGAGUAUUAUAGUGUAAAGGAAUCCUUUAUGACCUCUAACUAAUUUAUUGCUUGUAUUUAGUUGAUCAUCAGUUGCUCUGCGUGUUCCUUUCCCAGUAUAUGUUCAUUUGCUUUUUCCCUUUAUUUGGUAUUUAUUUCAUUACCAGUUUAUUUUCAGAGUCAGCUUAUAGAAGUAAAUUUCUUGGAAUGGUUUGUUUGUGUACACGAUGCAUAUGCACAUUGUCCAUUUGCAAUAGUGAAUGUUAAAGGAGAUGAAUCAUAAAAUAUCCUCAUUUCUUUUGCUGACUCUCUGUGAGGUCUUUGGAGAAAAAAAAGCUAGAUCAUAUACUUCAGAAAGGAAUUAGAUGAUAAUUGUUCACUCUAUCUCACUUGUUUAGUAUAAUCUUUAAGCAGACCGAUUUCCCACCCUCCUCAGAGGGCUUUAAUCUGAACUUUGAAGAAUUCUUAUCUCCAUUAAAUGAAUGUUUUUCAGGAAGAUACUUUUUGCACAUAAAAGAUGUUUGUUUUGGAGUCCAUUGAUCGAUCAGUCCUGCUUUGGACAUAGAUCCCAAGAUUAAUGGCCACAUUAAUACAAAGAAAACUACUACUAAUGUAUACUAAACUUUUAACAGUCUGUUCUUUAACCUAAGUAUGGUAAAUGAUCUUGGGUGAUUUAUUUCUGAAUACUGGCAAAUAUUAGUUGUCAGCACUUCUUAACUUCUCCUUUUGUUUGACAGUUAUUUUCUACCUCUUGGCUUCCCUCUCCACAGGGUUAUGUAUGUUUCUAAAAGACAAGCAGGAUUGAUCGUUUAUGUAGAUGUUAAAUGCUUAAGCCAUUAACAUAGUUGUAUUUAUUUGCUGCUCUAAAAUCAGACUUUCUAGAUUUUUGAUGACAAUAUUCUGUCAAAUAGUUAUAAAGAAUUACAAGUCUUUAUAACAUUAAAAUAUUUUAUAAUUCUGUUGUCUCAUCUCAAAAACCUACUAUGCCUUAUAAUAAUGUAAAACUGUAAGAGAAAAAGUUUUAAAAUGAUAAAAAUUUGAAAUCAAAAUAAAUUAAAUUAUGAUAUGUACUUAUGGGCUUCAAGUUUGGCUGAAGGCUUUCUUUGCAGCCAGUUUUGAAAAAAAAACAAAUAGGUCCAGACAACUUCACAGUAUUAGGCUACUCUGUAGCUGUAUUACACCCUUUCUCUUAAGGUACUUCAAGCUUUGUAGGUCUAAACUGAAUUUUUUAUUUUGGGGGUUGUGGUAUUGAAAGUACCCCCUCACUGGCUCCUUCGUAACAAUAUACAAUAUUUCUGAUACCCAGUUAUGAAUUUUUUCUUCUAGUCAAUGACUCUUUAACCUUUUUACAGAAUGUGGCAAUAGAAUAAAGCUGUGAGCAAACAACAUUUUAGAUGGCUUCUAAAAAAAAUAGGUGAAUUUUUCCCUCAAGUUACUAGAGCUCUUACAGACAAUGUACUCUUCAUCUCCCAAAUCCUGUACUCUAAUAGAAUUUAUUCUUGCUUAGUCUUACUAAGGUUUUAGAACUAUAGUUAACUGUUUUUCUUGUGUGGUAUUGUUAGUCAUUUUUUUAAAUUAAUGAACUUAUAAUAGUUGAUAUUAUUUCAAAAUAUUAAAGAUCAUAAUUGAUCUUUUGAUUGUUUAUAAGAAAACCUGCACAAAACCACCAGAACAGGGAAAAUAGUUACAAUAUACCAGCUGUGCUUUGUAGAAUUAUGUCUUACACUCUUUUUUUUUUUUUUUUUGUAGAAUUGGGGAGGGUAGAACAUUUCUUUAUGUUAACUAUACCCUAUUAUCACUGUACAUUUGGUUAUUUUGUUUUCAAAGUACUGUGUUUUUCAUGUGUGUUUGUUUUCUGUUUAGCCUCGUCGUGGCCGUAGCAUGUCGGUUUGUGUUCCCCAUCUUUCUGCUGUUCCCUCUCUAUCCCGCAUCUCUCCCAGUGCUCCUUCCACCCCACCACCAGUGCUGUCUGCACCUCUUUGUCCUUCCCUCCUUCGGAGUGCCCCUGAGGAAACUUUUGCGGAAAAACUCUCUAAAGCAUUGGAGAGUGUCCUGCCUAUGCACUCUGCCUCCCAGCGCAAGCACCGACGCUCCAGCCUGCCUUCCCUCUUUGUCACUACUCCUCAGUCCGUGGCGCAUCCGUGUGGGGGGACCCCAACAUACCCAGAAUCACAGAUAUUUUUCCCAACUAUUCAUGAACGUCCAGUUUCUUUUUCACCACCUCCUACCUGUCCACCGAAAGUAGCCAUUUCCCAGCGACGUAAGAGUACCUCCUUCCUGGAAGCUCAAACUCGCCACUUCCAACCCCUGCUGAGGACUGUUGGCCAAAAUCAUCUUCCACCUGGUGGCAGCCCAACUAACUGGACACCAGAGGCCAUAGUUAUGUUGGGUACUACAGCCAAUAGAGUAAAUAGAGAGCUAUGUGAGAUGCAGGUCCAACCUGUGUUUGAGACAACCCAGAUUUACAGUGACUAUAGACCUGGACUAGUACUGGCAGAAGAAGCUCACUAUUUUAUUCCUCAGGAAACAGUAUAUCUAGCUGGGGUGCAUUACCAGGCCCAUGCGGCAGGACAGUAUGAGGGUAUUUCAUACAACUCACCAGUACUGUCAAGUCCUAUGAAACAGAUAACUGAACAGAAGCCAGUGCCUGGGUGCCCUGCCUCAAGUUCUGUCUUUGAAUUUCCUUCUGGACAGGCUUUCCUAGUAGGACACCUUCAGAAUUUAAGAUUAGAUUCUGGACCAAGUCCAGCAUCACCCCUGUCUAGUAUUUCUGCGCCUAACAGUACAGAUGCUACACAUUUGAAAUUUCACCCUGUCUUUGUACCUCAUUCUGCACCAGCUGUGUUAACUCAUAGCAAUGAGAACAGAAGCAACUGUGUAUUUGAAUUUCAUGCUCAAACACCAAGUUCCUCUUCAGGAGAAGGAGGUGGGAUUUUACCUCAACGUGUUUACCGAAAUCGACAGGUUGCAGUGGACUCAAGUCAGGAAGAACUGUCUCCUCAGUCAGUUGGAUUACACUGCCACCUGCAGCCUGUUACUGAAGAACAGCGUAAUAACCAUACCCCAGAAUUGACCAUUUCUGUGGUAGAACCUAUGGGACAAAACUGGCCAGUAGGAAGCCCAGAAUAUUCCAGUGAUUCCUCUCAAAUUACUUCUUCAGAUAUCAGUGAUUUUCAAUCACCUCCCCCUACAGGGGGAACAGCUGCACCUUUUGGCUCUGACGUCUCAUUGCCCUAUAUUCGCCUGCCUCAGACAGUGUUACAAGAAUCCCCACUAUUCUUCUGUUUCCCCCAAGGAACCACAUCUCAGCAGGUCUUAUCUGCUUCAUAUUCUUCAGGAGGAUCUGCACUCCAUCCACAGGCACAGGGGCAGAACCAGGGCCAGCCAUCAAGUAGUUUAGCAGGGGUUCUAUCUUCACAACCCGUCCAACAUCCUCAGCAGCAGGGAAUACAGCCGACUGUACCUCCUCAACAGGCAGUACAGUAUUCACUUCCACAGGCAGCGUCUUCCAGUGAAGGCACUGUCCAGCCAGUGAGUCAGCCUCAAGUGUCAGCUGGAACACAGCUUCCAGUUUCCCAGAUAGUACCAACUGUCCAAGGUGAACCUCACAUCCCAGUUUCAACACAACCCUCAGUUGUUCCAGUCCACUCUGGUGCUCAUUUCCUUCCUAUGGGACAGCCAAUCCCUACUUCUUUACUCCCACAGUAUCCUGUCUCUCAAAUUUCCAUAUCGACUCCUCAUGUGUCCACGGCGCAAACAGGUUUCUCAUCUGUUCCUAUAACAAUGGCUGCUGGCAUUAAUCAGCCUCUGCUCACCUUGGCUUCAUCUGCUACAGCAUCUUCAAUCCCAGGGGCAUCAACUGUAGUUCCUAAUCAGCUUCCAACCCUUCUGCAGCCUGUGAAUCAGCUGCAGAGUCAGGUUCACCCACAGCUCCUACAGCCAACAACAGUUCAGUCCAUGGGAUUACCAGCUAACCUUGGACAAGCUGCUGAGUGUCCACUUCCCCCUGGAGAUGUUCUGUACCAGGGCUUCCCAUCUCGACUGCCACCACAAUACCCAGGAGAUUCAAAUAUUGCUCCCUCUUCCAACGUGGCUUCUGUUUGCAUCCAUUCUACAGUCCUAGCCCCUCCUCCUAUGCCAACAGAAGCAUUGGCCACCCAAGGUUACUUUCCUACAGUAGUGCAGCCUUAUGUGGAAUCAACUCCUUUGGUUCCUAUGGGCAGUGUAGGAGGCCAGGUUCAAGUGUCCCAACCAGCAGUGAGUUUAUCGCAACAACCCCCCACUACAUCCUCCCAGCAAGCAGUUUUGGAGAGUAGUACACAGGGAGUCUCUCAGGCUGCUCCUCCAGAACAAACUCCAAUAACACAGUCACAACCUACUCAACCUGUUCCAUUGGUUUCCUCUGUGGACAGUGCCCAUUCAGAUGUUGCUUCUGGUAUGAGUGAUGGCAAUGAGAAUGCUCCUUCAUCCAGCGGGAGGCAUGAAGGGAGGACGACAAAACGUCAUUAUCGAAAAUCUGUAAGAAGUCGUUCUCGUCAUGAAAAGACUUCUCGCCCGAAACUGAGGAUUUUAAAUGUUUCAAAUAAAGGAGACCGAGUAGUAGAAUGUCAAUUGGAGACUCAUAAUCGGAAAAUGGUUACAUUUAAAUUUGACCUAGAUGGUGACAACCCUGAAGAGAUAGCAACAAUUAUGGUGAACAAUGACUUUAUUCUAGCCAUAGAGAGAGAGUCUUUUGUGGCUCAAGUGCGGGAAAUUAUUGAAAAGGCUGAUGAAAUGUUAAGCGAGGAUGUCAGUGUGGAGCCUGAGGGUGACCAGGGAUUGGAGAGUCUACAAGGAAAGGAUGACUAUGGCUUUCCAGGUUCUCAGAAAUUAGAAGGAGAGUUCAAGCAACCAAUUGCUGUAUCUUCCAUGCCACAACAAAUAGGUGUUCCUACCAGUUCUUUAACACAAGUUGUUCAUUCUGCUGGAAGACGAUUUAUAGUGAGUCCAGUUCCAGAAAGUCGAUUACGAGAAUCAAAAAUUUUCACCAGUGAAAUACCAGAUCCAGUUGCGGCCUCUACAUCUCAGGGCCCUGGAAUGAACUUAUCUCACUCCGCUUCAUCCCUUAGUCUCCAGCAGGCUUUUUCUGAACUGAAACAUGGUCAGAUGACUGAAGGACCCAAUACAGCACCUCCAAAUUUUAAUCACCCAGGACCAACAUUUUCUCCCUUUUUGACUAGCAUUGCUGGUGUCCAAACUGUAGCAGCAUCCACACCAUCAGUAUCAGUCCCUAUAACAAGCAGCCCUCUUAAUGACAUUUCCACAUCAGUGAUGCAGUCAGAGGGUGCACUGCCCACUGACAAAGGCAUUGGGGGAGUUACCACCAGCACAGGUGUGGUAGCUUCAGGUGGUCUCACCACAUUGUCUGUGUCUGAGACACCAACACUUUCCAGUGCAGUUUCAAGUUCUACAGCGCCUGCAGUUGUCACAGUGUCUACAACAUCCCAACCAGUUCAGGCUUCCACAUCUGGGAGCAUUGCUUCUAGUACAGGCAGUUUUCCUUCUGGAACAUUUUCCACAACUACAGGUACCACAGUGAGUAGUGUAGCUGUCCCAAAUGCUAAGCCUCCAACUGUAUUACUGCAACAGGUAGCAGGUAAUACUGCUGGGGUAGCCAUAGUGACAUCAGUUUCUACUACCACUCCAUUCCCAGCCAUGGCUUCACAGCCAUCCCUUCCACUUGGUAGCAGCACAUCUGCUCCUACACUAGCUGAAACAGUGGUGGUUAGUGCACACUCACUAGACAAGGCAUCUCACAGUAGUACAGCAGGAUUGGGUUUGUCCUUUUGCGCACCGUCCUCUUCUUCCUCCUCUGGAACAGCAGUGUCUAGUUCUGUUUCUCAGCCUGGUAUUGUGCAUCCUUUGGUCAUCUCAUCAGCUAUAGCUUCUACACCUGUCCUCCCACAACCAGCAGUACCUACUUCUACACCUUUAUUACCCCAAGUACCUAAUAUCCCACCCUUGGUACAACCUGUUGCUAAUGUGCCUGCUGUACAGCAAACACUCAUUCAUAGUCAGCCUCAACCAGCUCUACUUCCCAACCAGCCUCACACACACUGUCCCGAAAUGGAUGCUGAUACCCAGUCCAAAGCUCCUGGGAUCGAUGAUAUAAAGACUCUGGAGGAAAAGCUGAGAUCGCUCUUUAGUGAGCAUAGCUCAUCUGGAACUCAGCAUGCUUCUGUCUCCCUGGAGACACCCUUAGUAGUAGAGACUGUCACACCGGGCAUCCCUACCACUGCUGUAGCACCAAGUAAACUCAUGACUUCCACUACAAGCACUUGCUUGCCACCAACCAAUUUACCCUUAGGAACAGCUGGCAUGCCAGUUAUGCCAGUGGGCACACCUGGUCAAGUUUCUACCCCAGGCACACAUGCCUCAGCCCCAGCCAGCACCGCAACAGGAGCAAAACCUGGAACAACUCCCCCAAAGCCAUCUUUAACUAAGACUGUGGUGCCGCCAGUGGGUACUGAGCUUUCGGCUGGUACUGUACCCUGUGAGCAGCUGCCACCUUUUCCCGGACCGUCUCUAAUUCAGACCCAGCAACCCCUAGAAGAUCUUGAUGCUCAGUUGAGAAGAACACUUAGUCCAGAGACUAUUCCAGUGACACCCGCAGUUGGUCCUUUGUCUACGAUGUCUUCAACGGCAGUUACAGAAGCAGGAAGUCAACCUCAGAAGGAUGGCACAGAAGUUCAUGUCACAGCAAGUAGCUCAGGAGCUGGUGUUGUUAAGAUGGGGAGAUUUCAGGUUUCAGUUACAAUGGAUGAUGCCCAGAAAGAGCGUAAAAAUAGGUCAGAAGAUACAAAGUCGGUUCAUUUUGAAUCUAGUACAUCAGAGUCAUCAGUUCUUUCAAGUAGUAGUCCAGAGAGUACCCUGGUAAAGCCAGAGCCUAAUGGAAUUACUGUUUCUGGCAUCUCCUUAGAUGUGCCAGACAGUACCCAUAGAACACCGACCCCAGAAGCAAAGUCAGAAACAGGACAGCCUACCAAGGUUGGACGUUUUCAGGUGACAACUACAGCCAACAAAGUGGGUCGUUUCUCUGUUUCAAGAACUGAGGACAAGGUCACAGAGCUCAAAAAAGAGGGACCAGUGACCUCUCCUUUCAGAGAUUCAGAACAAACUGUUAUUCCUGCUGCGAUACCAAAGAAGGAGAAGCCUGAGCUGGCAGAACCUUCCCAUCUGAAUGGGCCAUCUUCAGACUUGGAGGCUGCCUUUCUAAGUAGGGGUGGAGAGGAUGGAUCAGGUAGUCCUCACUCUCCCCCUCACCUGUGUUCAAAGAGCCUUCCCAUCCAGACUCUAAGUCAAAGCCUUAGUAAUUCAUUCAACUCCUCUUACAUGAGUAGUGACAAUGAGUCCGACAUUGAAGAUGAAGACUUAAGGUUAGAACUGCGACGACUACGGGAAAAACAUCUUAAAGAGAUUCAGGACCUGCAGAGUCGCCAGAAGCAUGAAAUUGAAUCUUUGUAUACCAAACUGGGCAAGGUUCCCCCUGCUGUCAUUAUUCCCCCAGCUGCUCCUCUGUCAGGGAGAAGAAGGAGGCCUACUAAAAGCAAAGGCAGCAAGUCCAGUCGCAGCAGCUCAUUGGGCAACAAAAGCCCUCAGCUUUCAGGUAACCUGUCUGGUCAGAGUGGAACUUCAGUCUUAAACCCCCAACAGACCCUCCAUCCCCCAGGCAAUACCCCAGAGACUGGACACAACCAGCUGUUACAGCCUCUUAAGCCAUCUCCCUCCAGUGACAACCUCUAUUCAGCCUUUACCAGUGAUGGUGCCAUUUCAGUACCAAGCCUUUCUGCUCCAGGUCAAGGCUGUGCGAAGUUUAACUGUGCAUCUGAGCAGGUGACAUUCAAACCUGGUGGCAGGAGGACGCGAUUUCUGAGUACGCCCUGCUUGGCUCUUUGGAAGAUGGUGAAAAAAGUCUGUCCUUGCAACCAGCUCUGUAGGACCAGCAGCACAAACACCGUUGGAGGAACAGUGAGUAGCCAGGCUGCCCAGGCUCAGCCUCCUGCCAUGACUUCCAGUAGGAAGGGCACAUUCACAGAUGACCUGCACAAGUUGGUAGACAACUGGGCCCGAGAUGCCAUGAAUCUUUCAGGCAGGAGAGGCAGCAAAGGACACAUGAAUUAUGAGGGCCCUGGAAUGGCAAGGAAGUUCUCUGCUCCUGGGCAGCUGUGCAUUUCCAUGACCUCAAACAUGGGUGGCUCUACCCCCAUCUCUGCAGCAUCUGCUACCUCUCUAGGUCACUUCACCAAGUCCAUGUGCCCCCCACAGCAGUAUGGUUUUCCAGCUGCCCCAUUCGGCACUCAGUGGAGUGGAACAGGUGGUCCAGCACCACAGCCACUUGGUCAGUUCCAACCUGUAGGAACCACAUCCUUGCAAAAUUUCAACAUCAGCAAUUUGCAGAAGUCCAUCAGCAACCCCCCAGGUUCCAACCUACGGACCACCUAGUCAGCAGCAAGGAUGUUAACUGAGUAGAUCUGGGGGCAGGAAAUGGAAUGGUGAUGGGGUGGGGGGUGGGGAAAUAGCCUAUAUACUAACUACUAGUGCUGCAUUUAACUGGUUAUUUCUUGCCAGAAGGGAAUGUUUUUAAUACCAUUUUGAGCCCUCAGAAUGGAGAACCACCCUCCUUCUCCAUUUGUUGGAGUUAAAAAAGAAGGAAAGAAGAGCUUUCUGGUGGAGGGGCUGCCUGAGACUGCUUUUCUGUUUUUGUACCCACCAGUAAGGCCUAGGGGCUAGAAGAGAGCCUUGUUACCAGAAAGCCUCAUGUAAGCCAAAUCCCAUAUGUAUCUGAAGUGGGUAGAGCUCUUAAUUUUGACAUGUGCCCCCGAAACUCCUUAUUCCCUCAACAGUGCACACCUUAAGACAAAAAGGUUCUCUCCCACUCGGAUCCCUACCCCCACUUUUUUUUUUUCCUUUUACAACCUAGUGAAAAACACCAGGGGACUGGGGUUGCAACCCUUUCUUAUAUAGGUCAUUAAUGCUUUAAGCAAAAGAUUAGCAGCUUUGACUGCAGCAUUAGCAAUUAGGGAAAACAAUGACGUUCCCUGCGGACAUGUUAACUUUGCCAUCAGUUUUGAUGUGGAAACACUGUGAUAUAUAAAUGUUGUUGGACAACAUUAGUUUUAAGAGUAAAAUUUGAAAGGUUUAAAAGGUUCACACACAAAGCUAGCUCUGUCCUUUCCUUAUUAAGACACUUUAACUUUUUCCUUUGUAUUUCCAUUGUAUUAGAUAAAUAAAUGUGAAUGUAAAAUUGUAUAAAUUACUGUACUUGAAUACUUCUGUUCUCCCAGUAUUGCUUGCUGGAUAUUUUAGUGCCUUGGACUUCUAUUGCUUCUGCUGUUAGCAUCAACUUACCAGACCCCCAGGUCACCAAAGGGUAUGUGGAAAGAAAUCUUAGGUCCACGUGACCCCAGCAGUGGAUAUGCCAAAGGGAAAAUGAAAGUGUUUUUGGUUUUGGUUUGGUUUAUUUUUUUGUUUUGUUUUUCUUUUUCCUUUUUUUUUUUUUCUUUUUUCUUUCUUUCUUUCUUUUUUUUUUUUUUUUUAGUCGUUCAACAGUUUUGCCUAGAGCAGGUGUGAGAUGAACACAGUGAGAGGUUGGCAUCAGUGGUGGGAAAUAAAGUUCUGUUUCAGAAAGAAUGAGGAGAGUUGUGAGCCGUGUGAAGGACAGGGACUGGAUGUGGGGGACAAGCUUGUUCGAAGUGAUGCCUGGCCACUGAACAAACAAGACCUAGAGGAAAGUAAAGUGAGAGGGGGUGGGCUAGAUUUUACGUUGGGGAGGAUGGCAGUGCCAAGUCACAGAUGGAAAUAUUGCUCUAAGGAAACCUGCUUGGUUGCCCCCACCUCUUAUUACACAUGUACCACCCAUUUCUCUGCUUUAAGUACUGUACUGUGGGAAUUCAACCCACUUCUGACUUUCUAACAAUGCUUAUUUCCUUUCCUACCCCUUCUGCCAUGUCCAAAUGGCUGCACAGUCAGAAUCUAUUGUGCUGCCUAUACUUCUGUAUUAGAAAUAAUACUCUCACGUUUUCAUACUCAUGUCCCGAAAUAACAGAACCAACCAGUAUUAUCUAACUUUCUGGCAGUAGGGACCUAAUUGGCUGUUUGGGAUCUGAAUAUUCUAGAAAAGUGGAGAAAAGUAGAUCUCCGUCAUUUCUUGGGUGCUUCACCUUGAGUUGGGAACUGACACAUUUCCAACUUCAUGACACAUCCCGGGAGUUGCCACACUAGCAAGAGCCUGGCUGCUUCCUUUAAGAGUCAGUCCUGUUCUUUCUAAGUUGGUCGAGGCCCAAAGGUACAAGUGAGAGCUGAAAGUUUUAGGAGAGGGAAGUGUAAUGAGCAGGGUUUUUGUUUGAGGUCCUGCUACUAAAGUGUUCACUCAUUUAUUCCUUUUGGGAGAGGGUGAGAGGUACUGUGGGAGUGAAGCGGGUUUUGGAUGAUUGAGUGUUUUGUACCAGCAGUAGAGGGAGCCAAAUGCAGCCUGUGGUGUUUGGUUUUGAGGUCUGUGCCCCCUUCACAAAGGUUUACUUACUGUUGAUUUCCCCUCCUGUGGAUGAAAUAACUGAAGCCUAGAGACAAGAGCUAGAGCUACUGAACUGUUUAAAUUAUUUUUGUGUUAAUAGUACACUUUGAGUAUCUUUUUCCACAUUUAAAAAGAACUUUCCGAAUUAUAAAUGUUUUCCUUACGUUAUUUAACAAUGUACACUGUUUAAAACUGAAUUCAAACCUUGGGGUUUCUCAGCAGCCGUUAACUGUACAUUUUGCACUAACUCCGGGUGUUGCGCUUCUUGUAAGAUUGCGCUUCGUGCUUCAGUUUGUUACCUUUGUAGAACUUAUUUAAUGAAACCAUUCAAAUAAACCAAACUUGCUUUUGUUGAA